UCCUUUAAAGCGGGAAUACUCAGCGGUAAUAACAAAAUAGCAAAUAAAUUAUAACGCGCAGUUGCUACUUGCGCAUUAGUCGUGAGUUGACGUUAGUGCAGUUGUUUAUUCUUUUUCAUCGCAGUUUAGUCAUUAUUAAAUUCUAUAAGAAUUAGUAAUCCGACAGAAAAUACAAACUAAUCAACAAAAUGAAGUUGCUAUUCAUAGGCUUAUGCCUAUGUAUUACAUUUCCUCCACGAAAUGUUAUGGCUAAGCCAUCAUUACCUGGAGGUUAUAACAUAUUGGAUGUUAAUAGCACAAAUAUUGAUAGGCUGGCAAAUAUGGCGUUAGAUUCUAUUACGCAACAGACUAUGUCAAAACGAUCUUUGGGUCUGGUAAAAGUGGUUUCUGCAGAAUCUCAAGUUGUUGCAGGAGUUAAUUAUAAACUUGGUCUACAAGUUUGUGAAAAAGAUUCGGCUAAUGGUAAUCAAUUAGAUCGUCAGAAUUGUCGUUUGUGUCGUGUAACUAUUUGGGAACAGCCAUGGUUGAAUAAAACAAAUGUGACUAAAGUAGCUUGUUCUAAACCUGAUGCGCUUGACCUAUUAUCAUCAAGUUCCAUUAAAAAAAGAGAUAUACAUGAUAGCGAAAAUACACCAGUUGGCGAGAGAACAAGUGUAGAUCCGUAUGACAUGAAAGUUCAAGAAAUGGCGUCGUAUGCAUUAUCUUCAGUUGAUGAACAAGUAGAAUCUGGAAAUUCACAUUUACUAUCGAAAAUUUUGUCUGCAACAAAGCAAAUAGUUUCUGGAAUCAUGUAUAAUAUAAAAAUGGAAGUAUGUGAAAAUAGCUCUAGUUUACAGAAAUGUAGAAUUUGCAGUGUUAACGUAUGGGAACAACCGUGGCUAGAGAGGAAAACCACUACAAGGGUGAUUUGCAACAAACCUUAUGAAACUUAUAACAAAACUUCCUCCAAGAAAAACCAUGUUGAUGACAGAUUGGAACUGAAGGCUAGUUUUGAAAAUUUUGUGAAAACUCACAAUAAGGCAUAUUUGUCAGCUGAAGAGAAAGAUAAGCGGUACCGAAUAUUUGCAGCUAAUAUGAAGAUUGUAAAAUUAUUACAAGAUAACGAACAAGGAACAGCCACCUAUGGAGCAACACAAUUCGCAGACUUAACAAAAAAUGAAUUUAGGAAGAAAUACUUAGGAUUUAAUUCUUCUCAAACAACAAAAAAAGUUCUUCCAAUAGCCGAAAUUCCAGUUUUAGAUAAUCUCCCUGCUGAAUUUGAUUGGAGAGAUCAUAAUGCUGUAACCCCAGUAAAAAAUCAGGGAACUUGUGGAUCUUGUUGGGCAUUUUCAGCAGUUGCAAAUAUUGAAGGGCAAUAUGCAUUAAAAUCUGGAAAACUUCUGUCGCUUUCUGAACAAGAAUUAGUAGAUUGUGAUAAAAUGGAUGAUGGAUGUGGGGGAGGUUUGAUGACUCAAGCUUUUGAAGCUGUUGAAGAACUAGGAGGGCUAGAAACAGAAUCUGAUUAUCCGUACGAAGGGCAUGGUGAUCGUAAUGGUUGCAAGUUGGUAAAAAGUGAACUAAAAGUCACAAUUGACAAAGUUGUAAAUGUAACUACUGACGAAACGGCAAUGGCAAAAUUCUUAGUUAAACAUGGACCACUUUCUAUUGCUGUAAACGCAAACGCUAUGCAGUUUUAUAUGGGAGGAGUUUCACAUCCGAUACAUGCCUUAUGUAGUGCAGGCGGGUUAGAUCAUGGAGUGGCUAUUGUUGGUUAUGGAAUACAUAAAUACCCUUAUUUAAAUGCAACAUUACCGUAUUGGACCAUUAAAAACAGUUGGGGCAAUGAAUGGGGCGUUCAGGGCUACUAUUUGCUUUAUAGAGGCGACGGAUCAUGCGGUGUUAACAAAAUGGUUUCUUCUGCUAUUAUUGAAUGAUGUAAUGUGUUAGAUGAAAAAAACAAUAGGAUCAAAAAAAUACAUUCUUGUUAAUUUUAAAUUCUCAUUUUUACUUCAAACAUGAAUAUAUGUUUAGCUCGUUUCGUCAAAGAAACAUUGAAUCUCUAUUAUUGUAUUAUUAUGUGAGUGAGUUUUAUCUAUAAUAUGACACUACUUAAUCAAAUUUACUUAAAUCUAAAAUUGCCUAAGUAUAUCUUUUUUUGUGUAUUAGUAAUUUUACUUUGAUCUAAGUGAACAUUCAAACAAAUAAUUUGUACUACUUGUUAUUAGACAUUGUACUAUUUGAUUAUAUUAUACAACAUUAUAUUAGAACAAA